CAUACAAACAGUUCCACCUAUUUCAUGGAACAGUUUAAACCUGGCAUCAAUCAAUUAGAUAUGAAACGCCAUUUCAAUAUGUAAACAAAUGUACUUCGAGACUGUUGUACUGGGUUGCGUGCCAACUGAUUCCGUAAUUAUUCCACCCAAGAACAUCUGAUAGGGAAGAUAUAUCAUAAUAUGAUCAUACCAGGAAGUUGAUACUCCAUUGAAAGUGCAUUAUCUCUUUGGCACGAGCUACUGUAUGUAUUUUGAUAACAAGCUAAAUAUAUAGGCAUCACUCCAGCGCGAAACUGGAUUAAUCUUCUUACAAAGUAAGUAACGUUAGCCUUCCUAUCAGUCAUGAUGCACCGAUCGUGGACAUCGGUGUCGCUAAAAGCGGUUAUCUUCCUCUAUGUACUUACAUUCGCAGAACUUAAAAUGGUAAGUUUAGUACAAGUUUUAUGUUUUCCAAAUUACUGCGUUGUGCCAUACUUAUGCGGCUACUACGAAUAACACUGCUCUUGGUCUACCAUGCUGGCACCAGUGUGCAGGGCAGGCUUAUUGUAGCCUGGUCUCAGACGUGUUAGUAGGCAAUAAUAUUUCAUGUUUUCAGCUGUGUCAUCAAAAUCAGUAAAUCGAAGCAUGUGUUUGAAGCAUGUGUCAUUCAGUAGUUUUAUUUGAUUAAGUAAAAUCCUGUUGAAUCCUGUUUAUUCCUAAAUCAUAAAUUGGAAAAUUAUAAUGUUGAUGUUUCAAGGGGUGUAUUCAUUACGCAAACCAUUUACCGUUUACGAACCAAACGGAAACAGGGGUAAUCCUUUCCCAAAAUUGAACGACAGUCCCUCCGUUUCGUUCCAUUUAAGAAACGUUUUGCUACAGAAUCGGCGUGAUGAAUAUGCCCCCGAUUUUAGAUUUUUAGCCCAGUGUCCAAACACCCGUUUAAAAAUGUCCAAAAUAAUAAUAAUGAUAUGCUUCAAUUGUUUGAUAUUUGAACAUUAAAAAAACUCCCUACCCACGUGUCACACCUAUAUUUUGCUAAAUUAGCACCUUAUAAAACUGCACACGACAGCAUUUACCAAGAGGCCAUUCUAUACUAGAAUUGAUUAGCUUGUUCUAUUGUAAUCAAUCAUGCCCGCAAAUUAAUCACUGGAUAUUGUAUAGAAAUCAAUGGAACGGGACAAUAACGGGGCGACAUGUAACGUUUGCGCUCGUCUAAAAGACAAACCAUAUCGAACUUGGGUAUACAACAUAGACCUGAUGAGAACAUGUAGUAGCCAUGUAUGACCUAAUCUCCCUGUGCGACAGUGUUUAACAAUAUUUGUUUAACUAACCCAAGAUAGACAACAGCCUGUCGUUUCCAAUGGGGGCAAAUUAAUCACAGUGGGCAGAACUAGCAAGGAGGUGGGCAGAGCCAAGCACGAAUUAGCGAGAGCCUAUUGGCGCGUUCUAGUUUAUUUUCGUUAGGGAACGCCUACUUUGCAAUCUUAAACAACGCAAUUUUCAGAAAACUUGGCAACGGGUGAAGUCUUCUCUGUUCGAAUCAGAUUUUAUUUUUGGAAACAAAAAACUGUAUUGAGAUCAAAUGUUCCAUCAAUGAGAAAAUUAGCAGAAUAUCGACCAAAAUCCAUUUUGCGCAAUCUUCUCCCAUUGCCGGAGUUCCGGCCACUGGGCUUCCAUUUGGAGACUGAGAUGGAGUUUGUGAUCAGCACCACAUGGGACAGCCUUCCUGUGGAUCAUGACCCUGUGAAGGUGACGUUUUCUCCCGGGGAUGGAGGGAUGAAGAUGCAGGUGUCUGCUCCCUUCUUCAACAACCCUCCUGGUCCCUCCGGCCCUCCAGGACAGCCCUUCCCUGGCCUCUGGAACUAUGAAGUGGUUGAGGCGUUCUUCCUGGACAGUACUACUGUGAACUAUCUAGAGGUGGAAGUGUGUCCACAUGGACAACACUUGGUGUUACUGCUCUCUGGAAGAGGUCACGCAUUCAUGCAACAACUGCCCCUGUCGUUCACGGCAACCAUCACAGGAAACAGGUGGGAGGGUGAGGCUCUUCUCCCCUGGUGCUACUUCCCCCCUAACGUGAACAAGAUGAACUCGUACGCCAUCCACGGGUCCGGGGCGGGGCGAACCUACGAGUCCCUCUACCCCGUCCCCCAGGCUGACCUCGUGGAGGGACAGAAGCCCAACUUCCACCUCUUGGAAUAUUUCCAAGACUUUCGCCUGCAAAGCAUCAUGGGAGGGGACUGGGUCCAGCCCGAGUCGGAUCUCUGGAAGGGAAAGUGAUGAGUCGGGAGAACACACACACUGGAACACACACGCGUCAUGACAGCCGGUGCGACCAAAGUCACGGAGGAGGAACGAUCGAUCUUGAUUAGUUAGUGAUGUCAGACUGGAUGAAAUAUGUUACCAGUUUGUCAGAUGGUAUUAACACCUCACCUCAAACUGCCUUUUACCAACUGCCAGAGGCCUGGUUCAAAAAACACAUGAAGGGGUUUCUAGUUUUUAUUUUUCUAUGAAUGAAAGUGAGAAUCAAAGUAUAUUAUAUCUGUGCUUUCUGUUUUAUAGAUUUAUGCCUUUUUCUCUGAAAUGAAAGACCAUUGAAUUUGAUCAUUUUCAAUGCUACCUCCAAUUCAUUGUGGGAGUAUCAUUGUUAUUCAAUUAGAUGAAGGCUCAUCAUGAUGAGUUUACACUUUUGAUUCAUGGUUUCGUGCAAUGCAUUGAUCAUCAGACACCAAUAUGUCUGUAAUUCAUCAUUGUGACCAAUUCUACUGUGCUGAAGCUGGAGUAAGGCUGUUUUGCUUCAAUUAUUCCCGAGCAAAUGAAAAUGGAUUGUCUGGCAUCCCAAAUGGCAUCCUAUUCCCUGUUUUAGUGCAAUACAUUUCAGAAGUAGUUAGCUACAUAGGGAAUAGGGUGCCAUUUGGGAUGCCAGACAUUGAGAUAAUUAGUAGUCAUUAGAUAACAGCCAUAUGUGCCCUUUUUUGUAAUGAUGUUAAAUGAGCUCUUGGGUCGUCAUUACUUCUGGGAUCCAUAUAGGACUGUUGUCUUAUGGAAUGUUAAUGGACGUAGAUGGGCUGCAGCCUAUUAAAUAAAUACAUGGAGUAAACGAUGUCCCGUG